AUGAUCUGUAUCGCUAUGGCAGAGGUCAUCGGUCUGGUAGCAUCUCUCAUCACCCUGGCCGGCGCGAGUGCGCAGCUAGCCAGGACGCUGCUUGACGUCGCUAAUGUCAUCAAAUCCGCAGAGUACGAAGCUAGGCUCAUUGCUGCAGACAUCAAUGUAUUCUCAAGCUCUCUCACACAGUUGAGUAUGGUUGUGGACACCCCAAACAUCAAGACGGAAAAGCUUCGCGAAAUUACCGUCGUCUUGAUCGCUGCAUGCAAAACACUCAUAGAGGAUCUAAAGAUGCUCAUCGGAGAGCCGGUUCAGCACGACCCUGCAAGACGCGCUUUCACCAUAUCGAUGGUACGAUUCCGUUUCAGAUGGAUGAAAGUCGGGCCUAAGGUCAUGUUUGUCAAGAGCCUGAUCGACUCUUUCAAAACCACUAUCAUCGUCCUUGUCUCCACGAUGAACUUAGCCGUUGUGCUGGAGCGGAAUGCCCCCGAGUCUAUAAGCGAGUGUCUAAAGACGCAAGUUGAGAGCAACAUCAAAUUUGCGGAAGACGCUACGGAGUGUCUGCACUAUCACACCACUGUUCAGCAAGACGAGGUUCCAUCUUUCACGCCUACUGUGGAUUCCAGCGCUGCGACACAACUUGAGGACGCGGCACAAGGUGCUGGGAGAGAGUUAAUUGUGUCUAGGUUGCGGCCUUCCGACGAGCGAAGACUAGCAGUACACGACGCAACACUCCUCACUGACCCAGACUUUGAGCCUGAUGAUUUCGCCCUCCAGAUCUUCCGCGACUGUACACAAGCAAUCGAACUGCAGCAGAUGUCUAGCGCGUUAGCCAAGGAUGUGCUGGGUUAUACUAGCCGAAAAGCGGCAUGGAACUGGAAUGCCUCCGGAAGCUCUUCUGUACACGAGCGCGCAGACUCAGUUAGUGACGCCGUCGACCCCAAAGAUGAGCAGCUCAAGAGGGAAGCUGCUGCGGAUGCGGUACGCUAUGCAGAGCGACAAGCAGCCGACAUGAAAGAUGCAAAGAUAGCUGAGGAGAAGAAAGCAGCGAGUGAGAAAGCAAAGCUCAUGUUAGAGGCUGCGCAAAGGGCCAGAGAGGCGGCUGAAGAGAAGGCAGCAGAGGAGCAGAAGUCUAUAGAAGCCGCUCAUGCGAGAGCCCUACAGGACGCGAAAGAAGCGGCGCAAGAAUUAGAGAAAGCAAAGAUACGUGCACCAAAGACGAGUGCGCCCAUUAUCUUCCAUGAUCCCGUCGGUCGUAAGUUCGAAGGCCCCUGGCGUUUGUGUAGCACGUGGAAGGGGAUGGAAGAAUUCCUCCAGGAGAUCUGUGCUGGAUCAACAGAGGUCCUCAGGCUAAAGAUCAGCGGACAGUACGACCUUGUCAGAGGCGACGACGUCAUCAUCCUGCAGGGGUUGUGGGACAGCAUGGUUGUUCCUGGAUCAUCAAUAACGAUGCGCGCCAGGACUUCAGCCGAGAAGAAAGUUCCGUGGUUUCGUAGGUCAGUAGGAAAGGGAAGUGGCUAA